AUUGCAGAUAACCAGACGGUGACUGUUAUCGAUAAAGGUGUCUAUCUCGUACACCAAGAAGAGAAGAAAACAUCGCACCAACCUACACUUGUGAUUAGCGUAGACAAUUUUAACAAAGUAAAUGAACUAGUUAAGAAAAGAUCUUGGAUCACCACAAAGACUCCGACAAUCGUUCAUUAUGUUACAAUAAUCAUAUUAGGAGCAUUAACUUGGGGCUAUCUAUGGUGUACAUGGGGCGAGAACUGGAGUGUGAAAGGACAAUGGUUUCGACUAGCGAUUGUUGCGGUCAUCGCUUGGACAAGCGGUCUAAUCCUACAAGAGGUGACCACACUACCGCCACCCCUUGCGGCUUUGGUCACAGGCAUGAUAGCUCGACACAUCGGUUUCAUUGACAUGCGAAAAUUUCCAGAAAUUGAUUCAUUCUUAAGGAAAAUAUAUCCAGUUAUUAUUCUGGGCAAAGGAUCUCUUGCAUGGAAUGUUAAUUUCAUCAGACAAAAUUGGAAGCAAAUAUUAGCUUUAGGAGCAUUACCUUGGUGUACAGAAGUAGUGAUGGUAGCGGUGUGCACGCAUUUUCUACUUGAUCUACCGUGGAUAUGGGGUUUCCUUUUGGGAUCCAUCUAUGCAUCCGUGUCGUGUCCUGUAGUGAUGCCUUCAGUUAUAAAGCACGGAAAGAAUGCGAGUGGAAAAGUAAAUUGGCCCCAACUCAUAUGCACGGCGGGCGGUUUGGAUACAGCCUUAAGCGUUGGCACAUUUGGCUUGAUUUUUAGUUUUAUGUUUUAUGAAACGCACGACAGUUACCGUUAUGUAAAAGCAAUAUUUGCUAUACCUAUUGGGGUAGCCCUAGGCGUUGCGUAUGGAAGCCUGGCGAAGUACGUGCCAAGUUCAAAGGAUACCUACGUCACUGAGCUGAGGGUUUUAUUCGUUCUCGCCGGAGGACUUUUUGGCAACGUUUUCACCGGUUAUUUUGGAUGGGGUGGUACGAGCGGUGUAGCUGUACUGGCUUGUAAUGCGACGGCGGCAAAUCACUGGUCCAGAAAAGGAUGGACACUCAACCAGAAUCCGGCCGCAACUGCGUACCGUGUUAUGUGGUCAUUUUGUGAACCAGUGCUCUUUGCUUACACGGGUACUUUCUUCGUGAUACACAGUUCAAUAUCUGAAACAAUGUUGAUUGGACUGGGCAUGCUGUUUGUAUGUUUAACUGCAAGGUUGCUGGUCGCAUCAUUGACUUGCUGGAAUCUCACUUUAAAACAAAAGAUCUUUGUAUGUUGUGCGUGGACUCCUAAAACGAUUGUCGAGGCUGUAUUAUGUCCAACGGCUAUAACUAAGGUUUUGGCUUCCGGCGGUGAAGACACUAAGGAAAUGGUGUACGCUGAGGAGCUGAUGCAGUUGAUAGUACAAGCCAUUCUCAUCACCACACCUAUCGGCUUCCUCCUCACUAACAAUUUAGGACCAAUGCUCCUUAGUAGCAACUCUCGCGAUAGUGAAAAUAACGCUAAAUCAAGAAAUUCAAGUGCUUCGCCUGAAAAUAGCAGGCUAUGAAAGAAAUAAAUCGACAAUAGUAAAU